ACCUGAGAUUCCAAGAGCGAGCCACGGCGCCGGCUAUUGGUUUUAACAACUGUCUUGUUCCACUAGAAUGUCAACUCCACGAGGACAAUAAUUUUUGUCUGUUUUGUUCACUUUUGUUUAUUCAGCAUUUAUAGCAGCGCCAGGCGCGCAGCAAAGACUCAUUAGAUAUUUAUAGAAAGAAUAAAUAAGCUCUUCCGGAAACAUCGAGAAACAAGAUUAAAUGGGCUUGGACUGAACCUCGUAGCGAUCCGUAGUACUCCUCCUUCCCUCCCUCCUAUAGGCGAAAGGAAGAAAAGGAAAAGCUCCGCCCCUCGCUCGGCUGUAGGAGGUUAGGGUUUCGAAGUCUUCGCGCUGGUCUCUUGGGGUUCCGCGGUGUCGGCGCUGGCUGUGUGCGUCAUUUCCGUGCGUCACGGAACGGAGUGGCCAACGGCUUGCGGAGCAACAUGCCCAAGUUUUAUUGUGACUACUGCGAUACAUACCUCACCCAUGACUCUCCAUCUGUGAGAAAGACACACUGCAGUGGUAGGAAACACAAAGAGAAUGUGAAAGACUACUAUCAGAAAUGGAUGGAAGAGCAGGCUCAGAGCCUGAUAGACAAAACAACGGCUGCAUUUCAACAAGGAAAGAUACCUCCUACUCCAUUCUCUGCUCCUCCUCCUGCAGGGGCGAUGAUACCACCUCCCCCAAGUCUUCCGGGUCCUCCUCGCCCUGGUAUGAUGCCAGCACCCCAUAUGGGGGGCCCUCCCAUGAUGCCAAUGAUGGGCCCUCCUCCUCCUGGGAUGAUGCCAGUGGGACCUGGUUCUCAGCAUGGGCCUCCUGCUCACCUUUCCUACAACUCCGAACAAACGCUUAGUGCUCCUGGAAUGAGGCCACCUAUGGGAGGCCAUAUGCCAAUGAUGCCUGGGCCCCCAAUGAUGAGACCUCCUGCCCGUCCCAUGAUGGUGCCCACUCGGCCUGGAAUGACUCGACCAGACAGAUAAGGAUAGAGGGGAGGCCUCAUUCUAUCAGUUUUAUAUUACCUGUUGUGCUUCACCAGGAGAUCAUGCUGCUGUGAUGCUGGGUUUUCUAAACAGCAUAAGGAAGACUUGCUCCCCUGUCUGAUCAAAGAGAAUAGUUUUGGAGGGGAGAGGUGGGGCAAAAAAGAUGCAGUUUUCAUUUGUAUUGGGAAAUGUGAAAAUAAAAUUGUCAACUCUUUUAGUUAAAA